CUGAAGAAGAUCUAAUUGAAAACAAUAUUGUUCGCUUAUAUGUCUUGUUCGAAUAACUUCAAGCUUUAUUUUUUCCCAAGUAUUUUUAAUCCAUCCAAAACUUACUUGGUUUUUUUGUUAAUGCGAAGACAAUAUUCGUAUAUUUCAUGACGUGCUCCAUUGAGUGACUGGUUAUCAUAUUGUUCCCACAGACCUAAGACAAAAACGCCAUCAACAAUGUAACUUAACCAUGAACCAAAUUUAUGAAAUUUAAAUAAUGCUUACCCAUGACUGUAUAUGUGGUGUGUCCUACACAAGUAGGUAGAAUGUGUAUUAUAUCAAAACAUUAUUAUUAAUUAUGAUUGCUAAUCGUAUAUGUAAUUUAUCAUAUUGAUGAUGCCUGUAAACUGGCGUCUCUCAUGUACAAAAUCAGAAUAUACUAUUAUUAUUAUUAAUAGGCUACAUAAAAGUGGAUAUCGAGAAGGCUCCAUGAUGUCUAGUAAUGCAUAUAGACCUAGUGAGUGUAACAGCUUUCGUGGUACAUCCUCAACAGAUAAGUUACAAGAUACAAGACAAACACGGUUGUGUUUUACACGUUUGCAGGAAGUUCAUACAAUGAUGAACUGUGAAUUAGUGAGGAAGUUUAGUGAUAAGCUAAAUGUGAAAUCAAGGUCUGACUCUGAAUUGUGUGACGAUAACGGUGUGGUCAAGAAGUCUGUAGUUGCAACUGUCAAGCCAGUGUUGAAUGGAGUCUCACAGAGGAGAGUUACAGUCUCGGAGGACAGUUCUGACUCCGCCAGUUUACAAGGUAUUACUAGUCGGAGUGAAGAUAUAAAACCUUUAAGGAUUUGUGAGGAGGAACCAAAAUUGUCUACUUCCGUCAUUAAAGAGUUUGAAAAUGAUGAAAUUGACGGUAAAGUGAAUAUUCGUGAUAAUGAUCAUGAUACUUCAUAUUUGUCUUUGGUUGAUCAUGAUGAGAUGAGGGAUAUGCCUACUACUGCUAAGUUGAACAAAGGUUCUGUACAACUUGAACGUGAAGUAGAAUUUAAGGCAGAUGCAGUUGUAGUAGAUAUGGAUAUUUGUGAGACCGUCAGUGUAAUUGAUCGGCGUGUAGCCCACCUAUCAUCAGAUGAUAGUGCUAAACCCGAACUAGUAGUGAAAGACAGCAGUGGUGGUAAUCUUGCAGUUAGACAACUAUCUGAAAGCCGAACAACAACAGCUUCUGAUCCACCGCUAACUUCAUCAACUGGUAUCAAUCAGUCGUCGUUGGUGUUGUCAUCCACAAUGAGAAGGACGCCCAUCGACUCAAGUAUCUUGUGCAAUGACUAUGAUCGUAUUGGUGCACCUGAAGAGACGAAAGAUGCUGGUCAGUUUAGUCAGGAUAAGCCAAGUGUAAAGGAGAGAGUUAUUGUUAAAUUGACUUGCACGAAUAAAGGCAUUUCUAGUUUCAAGUUACUAUUUGAAUGCUAUUAUCUUCGGUGUAAAUUACUCUGUACCCAAGCUUGGUUGAUCAGAUAUGUCGUGUGUUUGUUCGUCAUCUUUAUUCUACGAUACGAUGACAUGAGCGUGUUACCAUUCAGAUUUGAGGAUAUAGCUGAUAGAAGGAAGUCAGCAAAUGAACUCUGCAACGAUUUUCCAACCUAGGCAGUCAACCUGAGAAGGGUUGUAGGCGUACUGCUGUAAGUCCUACAAUUCUUCAAGGGUAGUAUGUCGAAGUUCAGCCCAACGUGCUUGUAGUGUUAUUAUGUACAUACGUUCAUGUUGUAUAUACUGAAUCGGUAUCAUCUCUCAUCUAUCUGUUGAUAAUUUUGUUUCUUUCUGGACGACUUCCACUUAUAUCAUCAACCUGAGAAGGAAUGUAGGCGUACUGCUGUAAGUCCUACAGUUCUUCAAGGGUAGUUUGUCAUGCCAGAAUCCACAACAUUUGAUGUAUUGAUUGUACAUAUGUUGAUCGUGCCUGUAAAAAUGGCAUGCAUUUUCAUGUAAAUUUCUGUUUAUAUGAAAAUAAAUUAUUAUUAUUAUUAUUGUUUGUGUUAAAUAAUUGUGUUAGUUCCAAUUAUUGUAAUUGUUGGUUAAUCUUGAUUGUGUCUGGACAUUCUAAGACUUACAAUCGUCAACCUUGGAAGGGUUGCAGGCGUACUGGUGUAAGUCCUGCGAUUCUUCAAAGGAAUUCCAUCGAAACACAAUCUGCGGGUUUGUGUGUACUUUUUGUAUAUAUGUGUGGUGUGUCAUAUCAAUUGGUGUUUUUCGGAUUCACUGUGUUUACUCGUUGUUUUCGUACCUUGUUUUUAUUGCGUAAUCUUGUUAAAAUUUUCAUAAUGAUUGCUUCUGAAGUUGUUUCUAGUCUUCUACAUCCGUGAAUGAAUUGAUUGAUGUUAAAGACAGCAGAUGGGUCGUAUACGCCGGGGAGGCUUUCGCUGAGAAUGAAAUCCAUACAGGAAUAAUUGUUAGCUGUGGUCCCACACGCCGGAGAGCGAGAGUGUGGACGAUUGAGGCUUGCAUACGUCACCGUUACUAGAACUGAGGCAAAAUGAGUGACAAGCGAUUGUAGUGAUAAUUGGUUGUGAGUAGAUAAUAGGAUGUGCGAAGAGUAUCAUAAGGUGCCGCUAUGGUCACGUUGCAUUCUGCAAGAGUCAUUCUAGCAAGUGGCGAUUGUGUUGAGAGAUGUCAAGAGGAUACCUUUAACUGGAAGGCGCAGGUUGUUGAUGUGUGAGAUUGUGCUGUGGGUAUCCUUGUGGUGUGUUGGCUUUUCUGUUUGUUUUCGAUUUCAGCUCUGUCCGUGUGACCCAGGUUCUCGCAAUGGCAUCCAAGUAAACGUGUAUUGGUCGUGAUGGAAAAAGGGAUAUAUCCCUUUUUUGCCGGGGAGUGUUAUUGUAGUUGAAGAUUGAACGAUCAAUUCAUGGUUGUUUGCCCAAAACCAACUUCCCCAAUUUUCGCUGAGGCAUCAAUACACCAGUCAUCGUCUCAUCGGUCGUUGUUCAGAAAGGAGUCAGGACAAAAACGUCAGAAGCAAUAUUGUGAUUUAUUAUUGUAAUAUUUGUUCACAGACCUUAGUUGUAACAUUGUUUAUAUGUUGGUGUUACAAUAAAGAAUCCUCGAGUCGCC